AUGGCACUCUACCGCGCGUGGUCGACGCGACCACUCCUGCAAACGAUCCGCAGAACGACCCAUCACAUCGGAGCAAGAAGUAUUCGACCGACUCCGCCACCAGCAACUGCUCAAACCGACGAUCCAGCGUCUAUUCUUUCAGAGCCCAGUUGGUCUGUCAAGUCCCUCUUACCAGAGAACACAUCUUCUCCCCAAUCACGUACUAUAUCCUCGAAGCAGCUCCACCACCUCCUCCGGCUUUCCGCACUCCCACCCCCCUCAAGCGCCGAAGAGGAGGUGGAAAUGCUUAAAACCCUUGAGUCGCAAAUUCAUUUUGUGAAGAAGGUCCAGGGCAUUGACACUACGGGUGUUACGCCUCUGCGCAGUAUUAGUGACGAGUCGGCGGAGGCACAGGAGGAAAAUAAAAUCAGCUUAAAGACCCUCGAGGCAUCUCUAAAACAAGAGCGCUAUAUUGGCCGAAGUAGAAGAAUUCAGCGCACGAGAUCUGAGAGGCCUACCAAUCCGGACGACGAGGUUUGGGAUGGUGAUGCCUUGAAACCAGCAUCAAAAACAAUGGGGAGAGGAUAUAACCCGGUUCCAUUCCAUACCCAUCCAAUACUCAGUCUCAUGGAUUCGAUAAUGAACCCAAGGAGUAGUCGAAGCGGUGAUCAUGAAAUGGGAAGACAGGACCGACAAACACAAAAUGAGGCUCACCUAACUUCAGUCCUAUGCCUAAACGAACGACAGGAUCUGGCCCUUCUCAUUGUGGAUAUUAUGGAUCAAAUGGAGCAGACAAUUUGUGAUCAUUUCAACACGGAGCAUUCGAGACCGCAGCCAAAUGAUAAUGAGCCGUCCCCAGACAACCUCGACCCAACUACUCUCAAGCAAGAGAAGCCUGGUCUUGCGUCCCGAAAGUCAUCCACAGUGGAAGUAAAAGCGGAGGCGGAAGCUCUUCGGUAUUUUGGUACUUGGAAAGAUUCAGUCAUUUAUCGGAUUGGGGAGAUCAUAAACGCGCCUGAUUGUCCAGAACUCCACAAGCAGCAGCAGCGUGAGGGUCAAAUCGACGAGAGCGCGGAAAACACCGCACCAUCUGAUUCUACAAGAUUAUCCAGGACACCUAAAGGCUCUCCAAGCAGGUAUCCUCCAGUAGAGACUCCCUUGAAUGAACUUCCACAUGCCACGAAAUUGAUUAUUCUACAUUCGGCUCUCCUUUUGCUUCUAAGUCUUCAACACUACAGUGCACAUUCGCGAGUUCUGCUGCUCAGGAUUGCCGCCAGUCUUGGACUGUCCGCGGAUGAGUUGGUUAACGAUGAGGUCCAGGUUGCAGAAGGCCUGUUACAAACUGCAAAGGUGCUGACGGCAGAUGAAGAAGCCAAAGCAAAGGUUGAAAAGACAAAAAAUUCAAGGAAAUGGAAAAUUGGCCUUGCGUCCAUCGCUGGAGGUGUUCUCAUUGGAGUAACCGGAGGAUUAGCUGCCCCCUUUGUUGCUGCCGGCAUUGGUGCAGUGAUGGGUGGACUCGGCCUGGGAGCAACCGUUGCAGCGGGAUACCUGGGUGCAGUUGCCAGUAGCGCCACUGUUAUUGGAGGGAUAUUUGGGGCAUAUGGCGCCAGAAUGACUGGAAAGAUGAUGGAGCGGUACGCAAAGGAGGUUGAAGAUUUUGCAUUCCUUCCCAUCCAUACACCAUUACAUUCAGAGGGAGAGAGCAUAACUUCUAUGACAACGGAUCAACGUCUUAGGGUUACAGUUGCUAUUAGCGGCUGGCUUACUGAGCAAGAGGAUUUCGUAAAUCCCUGGCGGGUUCUCGGACGUGAUUCUGAAUCGUUUGCCCUACGGUGGGAGUUUAAAGCGCUAGCGAAACUUGGCAAUGCUCUGACGACGAUUGUGAGACAUACAGCUUGGGCUUUUGCAUCCAAACAAGCUAUAUCCGGUACCGUUUUCUCGCCUAUCCUUGGUGCAGUGAUGUGGCCCGUGGCCCUGUUAAAUCUUUCUCACAUAAUCGAUAAUCCGUUUAGUAUCGCGAAAAUCCGCGCUGAUAAGGCUGGUCAGGUCCUUGCGGAUGCGUUAAUUAACAAAGCCCAGGGUGAACGUCCAGUGACGUUGGUUGGGUACUCGAUGGGUGCUCGUGUGAUUUUUUCUUGCCUCACAAGUCUUGCGAAAAGACGCGCGUAUGGUUUGGUCGAAUCCGCUAUUCUUAUUGGGUCUCCUACUCCGUCAACAACCAGUCAUUGGCGGCUAAUGCGGACCGUUGUUAGCGGCCGAUUUGUCAAUGUUUUCUCAUUUAACGACUCGAUCCUCGGAUUUCUGUACCGUGCUAAUAGUGCCCAAUUCGGAAUAGCCGGUCUCCAGUCCAUCUCAGGCGUCCCUGGAAUAGAGAACUUCGAUGUGAGUGAUGUUGUUAGUGGCCAUUUGAAAUACCAGUAUAUGGUUGGAUACAUUCUCAAAAGGAUCGGAUACGAUCAUCUGGACAAGGAGCAAUUGCAACAGCAAACUGACAUUUUGAGGGCUAUGGAUGAAGGAGACAAUAAGAGGCUUGAGUGGGAAAAAGAGCAGGUGCGAAUUAAGAUGAAAUUGGAGCAACACCAACAGAUGGAUAAUAGUCGUAUGCGGGAACCUUUGCUUGUUGGGGAAGAGCCGGUCGAAAGAGAGGUUGAAGAAAGACAAGAACAGUCUCAGAUGAACUUGGGACCACAGCAACUCCAGGAAAAUAUUAGUAUGCCUGAACCAUCUUCUGCUGAAGUGCAGCGGCUGGAAAGGGAGGUGGAAGAACAGACUCAGCAAACCCUGUGCCGUGCCUGA